CCUCGGCCCUGCCAAGCUUUGCUUCACCACUCACAGCGGCGCGGCUCAGUGAAGAGUCUUGCACACUAUUGUGGAGGUCGGAUAGACGGAGGCAGCUCGCCGCCAUCUGGCUUGCCUGAAACAGGGCGAGAAGCGGCAAGGACAGAAACGUGCACCGUCAGGCUGAACACAAAGCCCAAUCGUUGGCUCGUUCGCCAUGGUCUGUGCGUCGCCUGCUGGGGUACCGUGGGGUUCCGAGCUGGGCUGGCAUCUCCGCACCCAAGCAAGCGGCAGGCGAGCCGACAUCAUGCCAUCAGCCUUGUCCAACCGCAGAGCGCAAACGCCCCGCAGACGUGACUCCACCGCAUCGAGCUGGCGUGUGUGAAGAUAACUACCCUUCUGGACGGGCCGCAGCUGGCCAAGAAACCGAGCCGCCUAGCAAACGCAGCGGAGGUCGAGCCGCAAUGGACCUUGCAUACGACCAUAUCCUGGAGUCGAGCUUGCCGGAGGAGCACGACGACUCGCAGUCCGGAGACAAGAAGCCCGCCCAGCAAUCGAGCUUGAACGCCGACCUGCAGGAUGUCUACCGCACCUUCUCGUCGAGCCCGUGGGGCGCCCGGAUUGGGGGCUUCCUCGGGAGCGUUGUGAAGCAGGGCGAAUCCGUCUACCGCGAGGCCCAGCAGGAGCUGUCCGCUGUGGGCCAGGAUGCCACGCGCGGCUUCACCGACCUGCGCCAGUCAAUCAUCAACCACACACGAUCUCUGUCCCUGAACACCUCAGCGCUGGCCGCAAUAUCUUCCUCCUCGGACCAAGCAUCGAGAGAAGCGGGCGAGAACACCGAGACGACCCCGACAGCGACGAAGGACACGUCCUCGGAGGACGCCAUCAAGGAAUCCGAGACCGUGCUCUCCAGGCUCCGCGGCGAGGCGGCCAAGCGACUCAGGGAUCUCCAGAGGGCCGAGGACGCGGCAGAUGAGGCGCUGCUCAGGUUCGGAUCGAAUCUGCGGGACUUCUUCCGGGACGCCAUCCAGAUCGCGCCGCCGAGCGGCGACGAGGCAGAGAGCCAGGGAGGCACGGUACUGUUCGAAAGCAAGGACGCGCAGGGGAAGAGAGUGAUCCACUCGACGCGGUUUGAUGCGCAGCUUCAUGUCAUCCACAGCUCCCCUGACAGCUUCACCAAGGAUGGCAGUGGCGCCGAGUAUGAGGCCUGGGCGAAGGAGUUCGAUGUGGAAAAGAAGACCGGGGACAUCGCCAGCGACCUUGACAAAUACCCCGAGCUCAGGGCCACCAUGGAGAAGCUGGUGCCCGAUCAGGUGCCUUACGCGGAUUUCUGGAAGAGGUACUACUUCCUCAGGCACGGGAUUGAGACCGCUGAGGCGCGGCGGCGGGACUUGCUCAAAGCCGCUUCUGCUGAGGAGGAAGUUGGCUGGGACGAGGACUCGGAUGACGAGGCCGAGGAGGAGUCCAGCAAAGCGGCACCGGCGCCCUACCGGCCCGGCUCGACCGAGUCGUCAACCACCAUCCACCCUCCUACUGCCAGCCAAGACCUCCUCAAGCCGUCGGAGCCGCGCAAGUCCAACGACGAGAAGUCGCAGGCGGGCAGUGACGCGAGCUACGACGUCGUUGGCGCCAGGUCGGGCGUCCCCAGUCAGGCGCCCAGCAGCCCGAAGGAGUCGCGGCAGGUGGACGAUGAAAGCGACGAGGAGGAUUGGGAGUAAGCGGUUCUGCGUUUUCGGCGUUGAAUACGAAUCUGGGUUUGGGUUCGAGGCAAGUGGUUGGCUGGAGUUGGAUGGCCGUCGUGUUCGUGCUCGUCGCAGUUAUCCCCGAGGGUAGGAGGGGCCUGUGGCUCCUCCAUCAUGUAGUGUAAAGGUGUACCCCAAUUCAGGCAUUACCGUCGCGUUGCGCACCCCGU